UGAUCAAUAAUUCAUAAUCUCAUAUAAAAUGUCUUUCACUGAUUUCUCUAAAGUUGAAGCUAUUAAAUCCUUAAAUGAAUUUUUAGCUGAUAAAUCUUACAUUGAAGGUACUUCUGCUACCCAAGCUGACGUUACCGUCUACAAAGCUUUCCAAAAAGAAUACCCACAAUUCGCCAGAUGGUUCAACCACAUUGCUUCUUUCACUGAAGAAUUCGACACUUUACCAGCUGGUAAAGUUCCAGCUGGUGAAUCUGCCGCUGCUGCUGAAGAUGAUGAUGAAGUCGAUUUAUUCGGUUCUGAUGAUGAAGUUGAUGAAGAAGCUGAAAAAGUUAAAGCUGAAAGAGUUGCUCAAUACGCUGCUAAAAAAGCUGCUAAAGGUCCAAAACCAGCUGCUAAAUCUAUUGUUACCUUGGAUGUUAAACCAUGGGAUGAUGAAACUGAUUUAGAAGAAUUAUUAGCUAAUGUUAAAAGCAUUAACUUUGAUGGUUUAACCUGGGGUGCUCACCAAUGGGUCAGUGUUGGUUUCGGUAUCAAAAAAUUAACCAUUAACUUAGUUGUUGAAGAUGAAAAAGUUUCCGUUUCUGACUUACAAGAAGCUGUUGAAGAAGAUGAAGAUCACGUUCAAUCCACCGAUGUUGUUGCUAUGCAAAAAUUAUAA